AUGGAAACUACAAGUAACACAACAAAUACUUUACAGUCUGAACUAUUUCUAGAAUUGAACGAGGAACAUGAAUCUGGUGAUACUCAUAACAUAAGAAGUGUUAGGAGCACGUUUAAAUUUAAAUGCCAACCAAAUAAGCCUUGUCCAGAAGAAUUAUCCAUAGAUGAAGAUGGUGAUCUAGUAGUUCGGAGAAGUCCGCUCGCCAAAGGCAUUAUAAUAGAACAUGUAAAUCGAACUUCAUUAAAUAUGGUUGGUAUGCAAGUGUGGCGGAGUGCGUUAUUAAUGGGUGACUUUAUUAUGGAAAACAGAGAUAUUUUCACCAAUGAUCAGAUUGUAUUGGAACUCGGAUCUGGAGUAGGAUUAACUGGUAUCGUAGCUGCCAUGUAUUGCAAAGAAAUCAUUUUUACAGAUAUCAACAACAAAGACAUAUUGUCAAUGAUUGAAAAAAACAUAAAUUUAAAUCAAGAUUUAAUCGUCAGUCGAACGACCGUUUUGCCGUUGAAUUUCAAUGAACCUGAAUUAUUGAGUGAUGCACUAUGCGAGAAGUUAAAAAAUAUACAUAUUAUAAUAGCUGCAGAUGUGAUUUACGAUAACUACAUUACUGAACAAUUUGUCAAUACCCUAAAAAAAUUAAUGACAAUAUCCCCUAGAAAAACCGCUUAUAUAGGAAUGGAAAAAAGGUAUGUAUUUAGUUCAGUUGAUUUAGAAGUUUGCGCUCCAUGUUACGAAUACUUCAGCGAUUUGUUAUCACAAAAUAACAAUUGGUGUCAAGUGCAACAAUUAGAUUGCAAUUUUUCACAAUACUUCCAAUAUAACAAAGCCAAAGAACUAGUUAUAUUCAAAUUAACCGCCAAUCAUUCCAUGUAA